AAAACAUCCCAAUUAAACACCGAAUCCAAUGUGUUCGGGGAUUAUUAACAUAAAUAUUUUUUAAACAAUACAUUUACACAAGCCACGUGCAAUUAGUGUUUCUUUUAUUAUCCAUGGGGUAGACUAUGCUAAAAUAUACUUGCUAACUGCAGAAAAAUCCCCCAAAUUUGUUUUUGAAUAUAUUCAUUUAUAAUAGAAGAAUAAUCCUCAAAUACAGCCGCGGGUACUGGAAGAAGCGUAAAUUAUUGCUAUUAUAAGAGUUACGUAGCGCAAGCGUCAGCAUGGAUUCUCUGAGGUUAGGGGUUAGGCUCGUGCUCCUCCGCACGCGUUCGCAUGGCCGGUUUCCUCCCGCAGUACAAAGACGAGCAGUUAAGAUAAUCCGUGUGUCUAAAAUGCCCAUUGUGUGUGAUAGUGUAUGUGCCCUGUGACGGGCUGGUAUAUUAUCACUCCAGGGUAUUCCCACCCAGCCUUGUGUCCUGGGCUGCUUGCAUAGACGCCAGGCUACCCGCCGCCACGACCCAGACCAGGAAAGGUGUUGGAUGAUGUCAGAAAUGGCCCUAUUGUUGUAGCAUUUAUUUGCACUUCUUUGGUGCCUCCCCCUAGCGGACAGCAGCGGCAACUGCCAAGGCGGCGCUUUCUCAUUGUCCAUCGCACAUUCCUUCCAUCGCCACCUCCCUCCGACGGCGAGUUUAAAGGGGUGAUGGGGGAAAGGCUUCAGCAACGGGCUCAAGUUGAAGGGGAAUCACAGGAGGGACCUACACAACUGAGAAGACCCGCACCUGAAGGGACUGCCUCAUCGUUUUGAAGGUUGCAGAUACUGGGCCUUAUCUUCACAACGCAGGAUUUGAAAAAGCUGACAGAAGCCACCAGAUUUUCGCUUUAUCUCCUUAAGUCCUCGGACUAGUCCUAUGUAAGUUUUCUGGAGGUCCUGGGUCUCUCGCUACCAAGGCUGACUCACUGCUCUAAAAACAAAAAGGACCCCACAAUCAGGACCCAGACAGUAGACCUUCCAUUUGCCUGUGGUUCGGUCCUCCCGCACCCCCAGCCGGGAUGAAUGACGCCCAGGAGCUGAUGUCCCGGGCCUUGCCGGCAGCCGCCCUCAGCACGGUCCCCUCAGCUUGUGUGUCCAAGGUAGAGCUGCGCGUCUCCUGCAAGUCCCUGCUGGACCGAGACACGCUGAAUAAAUCCGAUCCCUGUGUCAUCCUCAUGGUGCAGGCGCAAGGGCAGUGGACGGAGCUGGACAGGACAGAAGUCAUCAAGAGCAACUUGCAUCCUGUGUUCUCGAAGGUCUUCACUUUGGAUUAUUAUUUUGAAGAGGUACAGAAGCUGCGCUUCGAAGUUUAUGACAUCCAUGGCACGCACAGCAUCGGCACCCGCGACGACGACUUCCUGGGGGGUGUGGAGUGCACCCUGGGGCAGAUUGUGGCCCAGAAGAAGAUGGUAAAGCCUUUGUUGCUGAAAUACGGGAAGUAUGCUGGAAAGUCCACCAUCACUGUAGGUUUCCAAACCAGACAGCUGCAUCAUUGUG